GCGAUGUCCACGUUGGCAUGGCUGACCGGAACGGGCAGCUGGAGGUGGAGGUGAUCCAGGCGAGGGGACUUAUCCCGAAGAUGGGCUCCAAGUCCAUCCCUGCCACCUACGUGAAAGUUUACCUGUUGGAGAACGGCGUCUGCCUGGCCAAGAAGAAGACCAAGGUGGUGAAGAAAACCUGUGACCCGUCGUACCAGCAGCCUCUGCUCUUCGAGGAGAGCCCCCAGGGCAAAGUCCUGCAGGUGAUCGUCUGGGGAGAUUACGGGCGCAUGGACCACAAGUGCUUCAUGGGGAUGGCCCAGAUCGUCUUGGAGGAGCUUGAUCUCUCCAGCGCGGUCGCGGGCUGGUACAAACUCUUCCCCACCUCCUCGCUGGCCGACUCCAGCAUCGGCCCUCUGACACGCCAAAAAACCCGUGGAGAGCCCCCCCAGCCCCUCCUGCCC